AGAGAGAGAGAGGGAGUAUUAUACUAUUGAGGGACAGACAACCACUACUCCAUCCCCUCCACCUAAUCCAUCCAUCACCAGAGAACUACCACGAGAAAGGAAAGUGCAGUUUUGGCUUCGCGUAUAGAGUAGAAAGAAGCGUAGGAGCUUGGGGGAAUUAUUGUCUUUCCUUUUGUUGCGGUUCGAAAACCCUAGCGAAAGGGAAGGCAGAGAGGAGUUAAAGAAGGAAAGGAAUCGUUAUCGUCACUUGCUUGAUUGUGGUUUGCUUUCAUUGAGGACAUUCGAUUCCGAUCAGUGUGGUUCGGGUGGAGUGUAGAGAUCCCUCUCUUCCCGAUCUGCUUGGUCCGCCGCCCGGCCGAGUCGGGCAGCAAUGGGCCGCUCGGGUCGGAGGAGUUGAACACGGUAAUGUCCGGUGGCGGCGCGUCGUUGAUCCACCUCCGAAGCUGUGUCAAUGUCGACGGCUUCUUCAGCUGUUUUUGUUGAGCGUCCUAGACCUGCUACUUCCAACACGGUUUUUAAAAGUGGACCUCUGUUCAUAUCUUCUAAAGGACUAGGUUGGAAAUCAUGGAAGAAGCGGUGGUUUAUCCUCACACGCACAUCUUUGGUCUUCUUUAAGAAUGACCCGAGUGCCUUGCCACAAAAAGGCGGUGAAGUGAACCUAACUUUAGGAGGAAUAGAUUUAAAUAAUUCUGGGAGUGUGGUUGUAAGAGAAGAUAAAAAGUUGUUGACUGUUUUGUUUCCUGAUGGUCGGGAUGGGCGUGCUUUUACUCUUAAGGCUGAAACUUCAGAGGAUCUGUAUGACUGGAAGACUGCUCUUGAACUUGCCCUUGCACAGGCACCAAGUGCUGCUCUUGUUAUGGGGCAUAACGGGAUUUUUCGAAGUGACACUACUCAUCCUGUUGAUGGCUCUUUCCAUCAAUGGAGGGAGAAGCGUCCUGUGAAAUCAUUAGUUGUUGGAAGACCUAUUUUGCUUGCUCUAGAAGAUAUUGAUGGGAGUCCAUCUUUUCUUGAGAAAGCACUUCAAUUUCUUGAGAAGUAUGGAAUUAAAGUGGAGGGGAUUCUUAGACAGUCAGCUGAUGUUGAGGAAGUUGAUCAUAGAGUUCAAGAAUAUGAGCAAGGUAAAAAUGAAUUUGAUGCAGAUGAGGAUGCCCAUGUUGUUGGUGAUUGUGUAAAGCAUGUCUUGAGGGAGCUUCCUUCCUCUCCAGUUCCUGCGUCUUGCUGUGCUGCAUUGCUAGAGGCCUAUAAAAUCGAUCGUAAGGAAGCUCGGAUAUCUGCUAUGCAUUCUGUAAUUGCAGAAACAUUUCCUGAACCAAACCGGAGGUUGUUACAAAGGGUUCUGAAGAUGAUGCACACAGUCUCUUCUAAUGCUCAUGAGAAUCGGAUGAAUCCUUCUGCUGUUGCUGCUUGCAUGGCACCCUUGCUUCUGCGCCCCUUGUUAGCUGGCGAAUGUGAGUUAGAGGAUGACUUUGACGCUAAUGGUGACAAUUCUGCCCAGCUUCUAGCUGCUGCAAAUGCAGCCAAUAAUGCCCAGGCUAUCAUUACAACUCUUCUUGAAGAAUAUGACAGUAUUUUUGACGAUGAAAAUCUGCAGAGAUGCUCUAUUUCGGCAGAUUCUCGGAUGGGAAACAGUGGAAGUGAAGACUCUAGUGAUGAUGAAAAUGCAGAUAUGAAAAAUAACAAUUACCAUGAUGCAGAAAAUGAAGUAGACCAAGAAACAGAUGAUGAUGCUGCUGAGCGUGUGCUUAGUGGGAAACUGAGUGAAUCCAGUGGUUCUACUGGCACUGAUCUUUAUGAUUAUAAGGCUUUUGUUGGCGAUGAAUCAGGUGUCAGAUUACCCAUUGACAACCAUACUCCUGCCGAUAGUGCAAACUUAGUUACUGAACCUCCACAUGUUAGAGAUCCUGGUGCACAAUUUCUGGAGCUAAGCAAACAUAAAAAGGGAAAUGAAAAUUCAGUCCAUGAAACAGAUUCAUUGAGUGUUUUGCCUCCUGGUGAAUCUUACCGGUCAAUGGGAGAGAUCCUGUCUACAAUAGAUGCCGAGCCUCAGGUACCUAUAUCACCUAUUGAGUCAUCAGCUGAGAAGCCAGCUGGUAAAGCGACAACCUCCAAUGCCAACGGAAAGCAGCGGUCAACAUUUUGGGGAAGAAGCAAUGGCAGAAAGACACCAUCUAUGGAGUCAGUUGAUUCUUCUGAAGAAGAGCUUGCUAUUCAGAGGCUUGAGAUUACUAAAAAUGACUUGAGGCACAGGAUAGCAAAGGAGGCUAGAGGUAAUGCAAUUCUGCAAGCUAGUUUGGAGAGAAGGAAACAAGCUUUGCAUGAGCGGCGCUUGGCACUUGAGCAAGAUGUCUCAAGAUUGCAAGAGCAGCUGCAAGCUGAAAGAGAUCUUCGAGCUGCAUUGGAAGUUGGUUUGAGUAUGUCUUCUGGACAGUUGUCAAGUUCACGGGGCAUGGACUCUAAAACAAGGGCAGAGCUGGAGGAGAUUGCUCUUGCUGAAGCAGACGUGGCCAGGUUGAAACAGAAAGUUGCUGAACUUCAUCAUCAGCUCAAUCAGCAGCGGCAGCAUCAUUAUGGUGCUUUAACUGAUGAUCGAUAUCAACAUGUCCAAAACCAUAAUCCUCAACAGUGAGUUUCCAAUAUCUUAGUGCCAUUCUAUUUUCUGUGCAUAACAUGGAGUUGACAAUGGAGGAAGAGGUAUUUCUUCAGCAAGAUUUUGAUACAACCCUUGCUUUUGUAAAUCAUGAAAGAAAACAGAGAACUGAGGUAUUUCUAGAGAAAUUGCUCGAUCUCUUCUUAUUUUAUUCCCUUUACCCUACGAACUUUCUCCGUCCAUGAUUCUCCUGGUGGUGUUAAGUGAAUAUCAACAAGAAUUGACCACUAGUCUAUCAUCUGCUAAAAGUUCUUGUUCCUGCAAGCACUGUUUGCCCUUGUAUAGGCAGUUUUUACUCUCUGUCUGCUGGUGCAGAAAAUGGAACGUAGGCAUAUCACGUAUUUUGGUAAUGCAAAAACUAGAGUAUUUAUCGAUAGCCAUUUGAGUUAAGUGGGUACCAAUUCAUGAUAUUUGUUCCCAUCCGAAUUGUACUCAGGAUAGCCUUAAUCCUUGGAGAAAAGGGGAAAGGAAGCAAGGCAAUUUAUAUAUAUCGUUAUUAGGUACCAAUUAAAAUUCAGUGAGGUGAUUAUGUCUUUACCUGUAAGAAUAUAGGUGGUUUGUUUCAGCUCUUUUUCCUUACUUUUUUUUGGGUGGUCGUUUUUCUGGUUGUAUUUUAAAUCGCUCUUCUGGUUUUUGUUUGGAUGGAUGCCUUUAUCCUUGCUAGCGAUUAGAUACCUUUCCAUUACUUGCCUACAUUUAAUGGUUCCUUCUAAAUAAACUUUUGAUUGCAGGAGGUUCUAUUAGGAGCUGGUUGGAGGAAUAAUGUUAAAGAAGCAGCUGGCAGCAGUAGCAGGCAGCCUAAUAAUAGAAAGCAAUAUAUGGAACCGACGACAAGCCUCAGUGACUCUAAAAGUACAGAGGAGGCUUCUACAAACUUAUCCAUGGACGAGCUUUGUGGUGUUGUCGAUUCUGCUCCUACCUCAAGAUCUGUUGAGGUGUGACAGAUUACACCAGACAUCCAUCAGCAGCAUCUUCUGCUUUAGUGGAACUGACGACACGCCUUGAUUUCUUCAAGGAAAGGCGGUCACAGCUCAUGGAGCAGCUCCACAAUCUCGAUUUGAACUACGGGACAACGACUUCUUCACAGGAUUUUGUGUAUACUAGGCCGCCAUCUUCUCCUCCAUGGAACUGACAGGAAGACGAGCACCUUCCAAUCAGCAGUGUUGUUGUACAUUCUCGGACUUCCCGUGUUUGCAUAUAGUUCUUUUUUUCCUUUCUCUAUCUCAAUUGUAUUCUUCUUCUUGCUCUCUACCGAAUCUAGCUAUUUUUCUUCCGAUUCGUAUGGUUGUGUUGUGAAAAUUGAGUCUGCUGCGCUCGAGGUCAGCAGUUGAUGGGGAGGGCGCUCGGUCUGCCCAUCUACGACAGUACGAGAGUGUCUUUCCUUUUUGGGUUCUUUCUCCCUCCAGUUUUCUAUCCUAUUUCGGAAUUUCCCCUUGUUAUUUGAGAGAUGCUGUGUAUAUGGGAUGUUAUGCUUGUGGUCAGUUUCUAUGUGGUUAAGAUGACCAAUACUCACAAUAUUGAUGAAUGGUCCUUAAAGCUCUACUUUCUAUAUUCAUCCUUCUUUGUCAUUGUUGACACAUCUUUGUAAAGGAAUUCGUGUGUGAUACUUUCUUUCAGUAUUAGUUGUAUCAAUAUGAAAGACGCUAGAGG